AUGACUGAACAAAGGCAACGAGCCCUGUCCACAUCAGGGGAGGCUUUAUACCAGGUUCUUGGCCUUGACAAGAACUGCACCCAUGAUGACAUCAAGAGGUCCUACAGGAAGCUUGCUUUGAAAUAUCAUCCUGACAAGAACCCUGAGAACCCAGAUGCUACUGACAAAUUUAAAGAGCUCAACAAUGCCCAUGCGGUGCUGUCUGACGUCACUAAGAGAAACAUUUACGACAAGUACGGCUCCCUGGGCCUCUAUGUGUCGCAGCAGUUUGGAGAGGAGAAUGUGAACACAUACUUCUUGCUAUCCAGCUGGUGGGCUAAGGGUCUGUUUGCCAUCUGCGGCUUGCUGACAGGUUGCUAUUUCUGUUGUUGUCUGUGCUGCUGUUUCAACUGCUGUUGUGGGAAGUGCAAACCCCACACACCUGGAGAUGAAGACACUGAGUUAUAUGUGUCUCCUGAAGACCUAGAGGAGCAGAUUCGUACCGACAAUGAGAGAGGAGAUGGCGACACGCCGAUUGUGCUUCAGCCAACCAAUGCUAGUGAGAAGACCCAGCUGAUUGGCGAUGGACAUAGAACAUACACCUAAAAGCAGAAGGGUCAUGAUAGAUAGCCU